AUAGCAAUCCAUUGUCAUCCAAUUAAUAGUAUCCGUUACUAGACCAUACCCAUAUCAUCAUCACUGCAGUAGCAGCGGCGAAGUACAAUGGCAACAUUAACAAGUCUGAACAUCUCAACCCCAGCAAGGGUCAUAGCCAAGGCAACAGAUGCACCAAAGGCUCAACCCAUUUUCAAGUUAAACAACCCGUGGAAGAGGGCAGGCUGCCAAUUGAGGUCUCAGCGCAUGCAAAUCAAACCAGUUAGAGCCGCACCUGAUAGCAUAUCGGAAAAGGUUGAGGAGAGCAUCAAAGACGCGAAACAAGCAUGCGAAGAUGAUCCAGCUAGCGGGGAGUGUGUUGCGGCUUGGGAUACAGUGGAGGAACUGAGUGCUGCUGCUAGCCAUGCAAGAGACAAGGCGAAGGACAGCGAUCCUUUGGAGACUUACUGCAAGGACAAUCCUGAGACAGAUGAGUGCCGUACUUACGAGGAUUAAAUUGGCAUUUUUAAUUUCUUAAUUAGUACUGAAGCAUUAGAUGUUUUAGUAAGUUUAUAUUUGAAUCCUUUGAUCAUGAUGGAGGCACUGGAAUUGUUGUUUGAUGGAUUUAUCGUGGUAUUAUCAGCAGAUACAUAUACCAUAGUAUACCAUCUUUCAGGAUAAAUGGAUAAUUAUCACUUAUUGAUGUUUA